CAGUCUGCUUCUACGCCGCUUACCUGGUCCUCGCUGGUGGCAGCCAUAAUGGUGCAGCCUACUUUAACCUACCAGGAACCUCCUAUGGCAUGGUGGACAAUGACAUGUUCGGCACUGCUAUCUCCAUCUACCUAGUUGUCACCACAAACAUGCGCAUACUGGUGGCUUCUAGGAUAAUCAAUCGCGUUACAAUUAUUGGCAUGCUCGUCACUGGAUUCGCCAAUAUGAUCCUCAUGAUGCUUUAUCAGGUGAGACAGGCUGUUUCUUGAGGAUAAAUCCGUGUGAGCGGCUUACAUAGCAAAAUCAGAUUCACAUACUGCUUAUUCGUCGUAAGAUUUCACGACGGUUUGGCGACGUUCCACUGAGUGCGCCAGUGAGGGAGCUCAGCACUGGUGAAGGGGGCGGGAAUUUUUUUUAUAGCGAGACAGACAAACGCUGCAUUUUUCGUACUUUCUUCUUCCUCACUUACCGAUGGUCGGGCAAUCGGCAGACGGCCUGAGGUGGGCAGUCAAACAGUCCGGCCGCGCGUUCCGCACACAACCUGGUCCGCACUACAUGUACCAGGUUUCUAUUAUUACGACUCGGAUCUCACAUGAAUAAGUGGGUCGCCGGGACCACGUUAAGAAGGCACCAUUGCAGUCGUGAGAAGGACCGAAGUAUCCUGCAUCGUGAUAGAUUUAAGCACGUCAGACUUAGCAUAGUGAGGAAUGCGCCAAUAUGCCGUAAGAGUGGACUUUCCAAUAGAAGCGAAGAGACGAGUCCCAGGAAGUAGUCUUGAAGAAGGCGACAGGAUCGCUGGGACAAGAGCGAAAAAUACGACACAAGUACUGAGCUUCAACAGCAACCACCCAAUCAGGCAAAAACACAGUUGUAUGAGGACGCUCUAUCGGCGUGUCGAAACGCACUACAGUGAGCCGGAAGACAAGAUUGCCGAACUACAAUACCUUCGCGGGGUCUUCGAAGCCAAUGGCUAUCCGCGAAACUUCGUCAACCGGUGCAGACGCAAAAGGGGCGAAAGGCCUAACCGCACGGACACCAAAUUUUGGCGAGCGCUUCCAUAUGUCAAGAACGUUUCGGAAGAUGUAGCCGCCUUCUCGCACCACUUGGGGUUGGAGUUGUACACAGACCGGAGGCAACCAUCAGGCGUCAGUUAAUGGAACCGAAAGACCCACUGCCACGGCAAGAAACUUCUGGAGUCGUUUAUCAGAUCUGGUACAGUUGCGGACAAAGCAACUACGUCGGAGAAACUGGAAGACAACUCCAAACGCGAAUGGCCGAACACGCUGCAGCGGUGCGGAGAAAUGACGCUAACUCUCAAGUUGCGGCCACACAUGCAAAUUUGACGAGGCCGAAAUUUUCGCAAGAGGUGACAACCGCGUGAGGCAAGAGCUACUUGAAUCACGGUUUACUGGCCCUAGCCCAUUAACAAGUGUAAUGACCUUCCCCUUCCAUAUUCCGUGCUAAGACCUCGCCUGGGCGGAGUAAUUAGACACGCGGGGAUCGCACAGGCGAACACUGCUCCCAACUCCAGGGUCGGUGGGUCGGAUGAUCGAGCCAUCAUCAUACCAGCAUCCAACGCAUUUGAUGAAAUUGCAGCAAUUAACGACGCGAAUGUCGACCACCAAACAGUUAGCACACCAAAUGCGACGGUCCCGGAUGAAGGGGGGGGGGCGUGAAUAUUCAUAGGUAUACGGUAGCAUGGCGACUGCAUCCUAUAAAUACUGCAACCCCUUUUGCAUGAACCACCCGUAUCUGCUGUUGUCUCUGAUGAUGGUUUCGAGUAGGAAUCCGAAACGUCAGGCUAAUAAAGUUCUUCGCCCAGCGAUCGUGUCUCCUUCUUCAGGGCUUUCCACUGUCAUCUUCAUCCAUUCUUUCUGUCCUCAUGCACCAGUCGACUUUUCGAGUCUGCCAGGCAACAGGUGAUAGCUGAUAAAACGUAUGGACGAACGUCCAGGUGUACCGCAGCAUCCUUCUCAUGUGUGGAAGCAGUUAGAGGUUCCUACAUACUUGACGAUGACCAAUAGACGCCUGACAUGAACCACCCUGACUCUCGGUUUGGUACAGCUCAGCCCGUUGCUACGUUUCAGAGCCGGGACGUAUAUCACGCUCGUAGAUGGGACUUCAUACCUGGUCAGUCACCACGCCAACGCUUACUGUCAAUCGUUUUCAUCCUACUUUUCCAGUUGAUGCAUGCUGUGUGUUGAAAGGACCUAACAGAUGGUGCGCUUGUCUGCUUCAUUCUAAACCAGUUUAAGCGCAAAUCACUGCUGCUUCCCAAGGCAGCGAAAGCAUUGGACUUUUUAAUUUCCCAGAGAUUCAGUCGAUCCAAUUAUGAAAAAGUCGGCGACCUCUGUGGGAUUCGAACCCACGACAGCAAGGGCAAGGUUUGAGCACAGCCAACGCUCUAAUCAUCUGAGCUACGAGGCCCCACCGGGAGCCAUGAGUUUAAUCACAUUAGGGUCAAGUUAGCCUCCCGACCCAUAGACACGUAUGGAAUCUACCAAACCUGAUACAGUAGGCUGACUUUCCAAGCAGGGUUUUCUAAGUAGUCAGUCUAGUACCUAACAAAUGAGUACCAGAAGUGUAUUGGGCAUCAAAAGUCCUCGGAGGAAGACGUUUCAGGGUCCUUCCGAAAGUGCAGACGAGUAAUUGGGCCGAAAUCCAUCCGUUUCGGCGGAAUAACCGCGUAAUAUUCACUAGCUACCGAUAUUCAGUCAGUAACAUAUGAAUGUUCAGUGAUUCGUCAUGAUGAUAGCUGACUAGAAGCCCAGACACACGUGUUUCGCCGAUCUCGUGGCGCUGCAUGAUCGAGCUCCGGAUGAUUCGGCUCAUCAGUAAGUCCCUCAUAGUCCCCUAUGUGCUUACUAGCCAAGCGUCACUUCGGUUUUCACUGCAAAGUUUCUUAACGUCCCCUGAAACCAAUUUUCCGACCUAGAAGAAAGUCCAUCGACUAACACAUGCCUGUGCUUUUGACUAGUCCCUGUGCCGCAAACAUAACGGAUCGGUCGAAAUGACGGUACACGUAGUCAGCGCUGGCCAAGCCACAGUCAUGACCUUGAGAUAUUUUGAUAAUCUACGCCUACAUGCACUACUUUUGUUGUAACCUUUGAUGAAUGCUGCCAGAGUCAGUGAACCUGCAAAAUUUCCUGAUACACCAGCUGCCUUUUUUCUACCCUCCAGACCUUUACUACUCCAUAUUCAGUCAUCUACAAAACCUAUGACUACCUGCACGGAUGUCCAGCAUUUUGGCUGCUGUUCCCAGUAAUAAUCACGUUAGCUCUCCUGCCCGACAUUAUCUGGAGAAUCGCGUCGGAUGCUUGGUGGGACCACAAGAUCGCCCUGAGUGGUGUCCAGAGAAUCAGAGAAAAACGAAGUCGCCAACGCUGGAAGGCCUUACUGACCCGUGGAAGGUCCAAUAUCUCCAAAGCUUCCGCUUAA